GGUUGGAGUUAAAUUCACAUGCCAGUAUGGGAGUGCUGUACUUGGUGUAAUCGCGCGGUCAGUUCUUUACGCACUUAUUCACCAUUAAGUUUUACGCGCCUCUGUUUUAAAAAUAUGGACAAAGACUCAAUAGAUUAACUUCAGUUUUUGUCAAGCUAUUACUGCGUCUUUUUUUUUUUCUUUGAUUUUCACAGUGUGUCUCGUAUGACGAAAACAAAAGUCAAGGCUAGUUCUCCAGUUUACGCGCUCCCAUCCGGCGCGGUUAAAGCAGAAGCGCACAAGAUGAACCAAACCAAAGCUAUAGACGCGCAUUCAAAACCAAAACGGGAGCCGAACAGCAGCCGAAAGGAAAUCAAACGCUAUGAGAAAGCCAAGAGAUCGGCUCCCGGCUUAGUGAAGAGUCGAAACAAACCUUGCGGCCGCAGGACAGUAUCAGAGGCCAGCAGCGCAGGUGAUGGUUUGAGUAAAGACUCCGGUGGAAAGACGGACAGCAGCUCAGAGACGUCCGAUUGCACUUCUGAGGAAAACAGAGCAGCCAGCAGCUAUGUGCAGAGCAACAACUUUGAGAUGGACAACUUAGGCGCAGAUGCAGAGAGGACAGAGGGUUGGGGAGGAAAAGUACCCGAAAUGAUCGACUGUGAUUUUCCUAACAGCACCAUGACACCAGCACCUGGUAUAGCAGAGAGAAACAGAGACUACUUCAGCUCUGUGUACGGCAGAUGGAAGUUCAGCGCGUCCGGAGCUUUAGAGUUCAGUGGAGACGAAGCGCAUGAUGAUCUGCUGAGGGAGAUCGACGACUUACGAUCAGAAAAUGAGUACUUAAAGAACGAGUUGGAGGAGAUACGCUCAGAGAUGCUGGAGAUGAGGGACCUCUAUAUGGAGGAGGAUAUGUACCAGCUACAUGAGCUCAAACAGCAACUGGAACAGGCCAAUAAGACGUGUCGCAUCUUACAGUAUCGCCUUCGCAAGACCGAGAGACGUAGCCUGCGUGUCGCCCAGACUGGCCAGGUGGACAGCGAGCUUAUCCGCACUCUGGAGCAUGAUGUCCAGGUAGCAAAAAGCGUGUCCCUGCGUCUGCACACUGAGCUCGAGGCAGUGCAAAAGAAGAGCUUGCAGCUGGAGUGGGAAAACGAAGAGCUGCGGGAGCAGGUCCAGAAUCUGGAGGUGGCAAAGCAGGUCCUGCAGGCAGAAAUGAACAAAUCUAGAGAGAUGUUUUCACAAAAUUCCCUAAAGAGGAGAAGUUUGAAAUCUGCUGGGAGCAAGAGUGAAAAGAAGAUUUCCCCACAGGAUGACAGUGCAGAUUUGAAAUGCCAGCUACAUUUUGCCAAAGAGGAAUCAGCACUUAUGUGCAAGAAGCUAACUAAGAUGGCUGUGGAAUGUGAGACCAUGCGAGAGGAAUUAUCCAAGUACAGACUGCUUUAUGGCGAUGUUGAUGUAUCUCAGACUGUGGCAGGGACCGUUAACUCUGCUCACACACGGGAAGCAGAGGUCAAAGUUCAUCUUCGUCUGGUGGAAGAAGAGGCUACGCUGCUGAGCCGACGGAUUGUGGAGCUGGAAGUGGAGAACCGAGGGCUGAGAGCAGAGAUGAAUGAAAUGCGAGAGAGAGCUGGAUGGGGCCAGGAAGAGGAAGAGGAGGUUAUAGAGGGCAGAGAGAAGUGUCUAGCAACAUCUUUGCCUCUAGCGAAAGAAAAAGAGGGCAAUGGUUUUACAAAUAAUAGGACCCCAGAGUCUAAUGGCAAUGUACAGUCAGUGGGUGUAGCAGAGAACUGUCCAUUAAGUCAUAUCCUCAGAGAGGAGACAGUGGACGAGGUAACAAACCAUCCUCAAGACCAAAUAGAAAGCGAUGAAAAUGCAAAAAAAGAGCACGGCUGUACCGCUAGCCUGAAGGACCUAGACGCCCUGCUUGCAGUCCGAGACCAAGCUAUGCUAGUUAGAUCAAUUGUCCAGUUCCUAAUCCCACCAGCAAAAAAUGGUUUCUCACCAAUGUCCAACCAAAACUUUAUCUCUAGCCACCCCUUCCUCAGCAAAAUUGAGGUUGAUUCUCAUUGCUUGAAUAAUCCAUGGCUUUUGGAUCCCAUGAUGAGUCCCCUGACCAGUGGACUGGAGGUGCUACAGGCCCAGUUAUGUACCCUUGUUUCAAAGAUAGAUGUUCUGGAAAAUUCUGUGCCUGGUGAAAUUGGUCAAGAUACAAAUGCAGAAAAGAUGCUGGAGACAGUUGAACAAGUAGCACAGCAAUGUCCUAAUGAGAAAAAGACCUGCCAUUCCAACAGCAAUGAGGAGCAGACCUGUAACCAGCCCAGUCUUGAGCUUCUCACAGUACAACUACGCUGGUUCCUCCAGCAAUGGCGCCAAGGGGAGAGACCGUCUGGAGAAGACAGGAGCCUGUUUGAGGUGGACUUCCAGAAGGAUCGUUAUCCUCAAAUGAAGGCUGACUUACUGGGAUCCAAGAAAACUGGCAUGUCAUCUAGAGAAGCAAAACCUCCUGAAAAGUGCCACAAGCAGCUGAGCAGUGCUCUUCUCUCAGAUCUGAAGGCAGCAUUGCAGGAUCUAUGUUGUGAGCUGCAGGAGGAAUACCGCACUGGCCAGCACAUUGCACAACAGUUUGCAGAAGCUAAAGAAGCAUGGACUGUGGAGUGUACAGAGCUCAGGAGCCUUGCAAGUAGGCUGGAUGAUACAGCUGAGACUAAGGAUUCUCCGGACCUAAAGAUGGAACUGCAGAAGGAUUAUUUUGAGGAACUCCAGAACCUUUUAGAUGAGUCCCAUGCUGCAGUUAUUGAUGUGACCAGACAACUGAAAAUAUGUGAGCGCAACUGGAACUGCGAACCUCAGGAGCUCCUAUCAUACCUAAGUGAAGAUCAACUGGACUGGGGCAAGCAAAAUAAGGACACUGAGUCUCAGGCAUUCAAGAGCACCCAAAAAAGAGGAGAAUCUAAGAGAUUAACACAGAGGGCCAAGAAGAAUUGGAUAUACCUCAGCCAAGAUGCAGCUUUGGUAGACAGAGAAGAUCCAUGGAAGACCUGGGACUGUCCCAUCAUGCCACCCAACUUCUCCGAUCUUAAUCUAAAGCAGACAACACCAAAAAAGAGCCACACUGCUCCAGAGAAAACGGACAUCCGUAUAUACUAUAGUCCCCCAUCAACUCGCAGGAUUCUUCUAAGUGCUGUGCCAUUUAAAGAUGAAGACAAAUGUGAAAAGAAACGGGAGAAAGAGGAAACUUUCUGCAACCACUCUAAACGUAUAAAGGAAACGAAUGCCUGUGAUACCUGGCAGGGUACUUUACCUUUUCAGUGCCAGAGCACGAUAGAGCAGGGUCAGUGUGCUAUUAUUAGAUCCAAUUCAUCUUCUGGUUUCCAGUCUUCUGGUGUUUCAUCUUCAUCUUGCUUGCCCUUCAGUGGAUGGGAGGUCUCAGAAAAUCUGAGUGAUGACAUGAAAGAAAUGACAGCUAGUGUGCUUGAACGGAGGAGAAGGAGCAUCUCGGGUAGCCGCACUGUUGGAGUAAUCAGUAUAGGAACCCAGACUCAUUCUCAGCCAAAGGUGAAUAGUGUUGGACUUCAGACUGACAUUUAUCAAGGUGUGUGUGCAAGCAAACACCGGUCACCCAGGGUCAUAUCAUUUGUGUCUGCCCACUCCCAAAAUAUUUCAUCUUCUCUGGAGAGGAUGCCUGGGUCAUUCGAAAAGUCUCCAUCUUGCUCAACUUCACCGAAACAACAGCGAAGACACUCAUCCUCUUUUUCAUCCAGCUCUUCUUCCAACAAUACAAAUUCUUCUUAUUCUUUCAAAUCAGCUUCCUUGUCCUCAUCGUCAUCUCUGACCAGUUCCUCUAGGUUGGAGCCCCCUAAGGAACAUAGUGUAUGGAGUCUUCCUCACUGCAGUUCUAGCAACACGAAGCCCAGUUCAGCAUUCGGUGGUAGCAGUGAGAAGUCUGCUGGUCGUAGGACUGCAGGGAUCCACAAGUAUGGCCUGGUUCAAGAGUUUUUCCGCAACGUGUGUGGUCGUGGAGAGAAAUUAAACCCGCCGAAUACACGGGGGGAGAAAGUACCAGAUAUACGCAGGGAUCAUGCAAGUUCAGCAAGAUUAAAGAAAACUGAAGGGCCUCCAUCUCGGAUUCCCACUGUGCCACUGGGCAGGAGUGACAGUGUCACUAGAAUCGUUAAUCACAGAUUUAUGAAACAGGGUAGAAAGGAUGAGCCACGACCAGCCCAGACACAUACACAGGGUCAGUGUCCAAACCAGACCAAGACUCCCAUGAGUAAGGACAAGGGUUUUGGUCCUGCUGCUUUGGAGGAUGCCCCCUGUGGCUGCAGUUCUCAAACUCUAGCUUCCUGCUUUGCUCGAGUGUCUCGUACCAACCUUCGCCACGCCCACAACCACUGUAAGCUCCGCCCUACAGCAGCUGGUGGGAAAGGGAAUCCGCUUUCUCAGUAAAGGAUGGCAUCACCACUGAUACCAAUAAACAGCUGACAAGAUACUGAAGUAGUGGAGCAGCUACCUUUUAAAUCCAUCACUUGGACAUUUUCAGACUUUUUCAUUAUUCUGAAGAUUUAUUGUAAUACAAACUGGAUUGCUGCAGGCGUACUGAAAGCUUUAAAUGCAGUAUAUAUAUACUACUUUUUUUUAUGCUACAAUUUGUAAUCUAAUGUAUUACAGCCAAGACAUAGAAAUGUUUUUAUUUCUUUGAAGUUUUAUAUGCCUUAGUAUAUACUCUCUACUAAAAUUAGUUAGGAGCCUUAAAAAUAAACAGUUUUACAUUAAUGUCAAAAGCUAUAUAUAAAGU